CGACGCGCGCCGCGGGCGUGGAGGGCGUUCCAUCGGCGCAUCAUGGCGCGGCGCCUAGCUCGCUCCACCUCGUCGUCGCUCCUUCCUCCUCAGCGCCCCUUCUGCGCCACCACGCCGGCCUCUUCUCCUCGCACGCUGCCAGCAGGAGGCCAAGAAUUACCUGCUGCGCUCAGAUGAGUGGCGCGCCGAGGGUCGCUGGAAUCCAAGCCCUGCAGCGAACCCGCAGCUGCAGCGCCCUGCGUCUGGGCUGCAGCGCCCAGGCAGGCAGCUCGCACGAGAGAAGCGUAAGCAGCCACCGCGACUGUGUGGGCGAGCGGCUGCGGGCUGGCCAAGCCGUGCUCAGCCGGCUCAACGUCCGCCCUCUGUGACGCUGCAGCUGCGCCUGCUCUGACUGCAGCAUGCCAGACGGCCGCAGCGCUGUCGAACGCGAGUGCAGGCAGCAGCGCAGGAGGUGUGCAGAAAGAGACGCAGCAUGCAGGACGCCGUCGCUGUCGAGGUGCUGCAUCUCGCCCUCGUGGUGCACACCCGCGCUCGUCGGAGCCGGAGUGCCCCCUUCCUCUGGUUUCGCGUGCAGCUCUCCUGUCCUGCGGUUUGUGCUGCGAUGCGUCUCCUGCGCUGCUGCCUCGCGCGCCGAGGCAGAGGGCGACAUCCCAGCAGCAGGCUCCGCCCGCGUCGCGCCGAUCGCCAGUCCGAGACGCGGGCGGGGCACAGAGCAGCACAGCAGCACGGCGCAGCGACAGCGGCAUGUGAGGCAGCAGCGUCGAGCGUCGCGUGCGUUGCAGCAUCAGACGUGCCAGAGGUUUCAGGAGCCCCUUGGCUGGCGUGCGAACGGAGGAGCGCAUCCACGCGAAGCGACGCAGCGCCGAGCCUCCGGUGCAGGCUCGACGAGCCUUCGGCGAGAAGAAGGCGCCGUCGAGCUGCCUUGGAGGUGUCGUCUCCUCGCUCUCGACUUCGCCGCCAAGCUAGCAUGCACCACCGUGCGCUCCUGCCGCCCACGCCCGCUCCCAUGCAGAUGCAGGGGAGCUCGCCGGCUGCUGUGCCGCUCGUCCCGAGCGCCGAUGCGCCCGUGGGAGCCGAAUAGGCCAUUCAUGCCUUCCCGCUCGGCCAAGGCGGCACGAGCUUCUCUCAGCAGCGGCCAUCAGGUUUACCCAGGGCAACGGCAGCGGCAGCACGAAGCGAUCUCACGGGCACGAGGCCGUUGCCAGCGCAGCAGGCCGUUGGACGUCGCUGGCAACGCCAGAAUGCAGUUGCUCCCAUGCACGCCGCACGCUCGCCUUCUCGAGCGCCGUGCUCAUCGCAGCCCAGGCUGCGGUCUGAUUCGAGUGCGCACAGGCAGCCGGCUCAAUGCUAGAACGCGCUGCUUGAUCAGUCAAAUGUGGUCUGCUGAGUUUGCCGGAAGCUCAGCAGCGCUCAGCGCAGGUUGCCCCGCGAGGCGUCGCGUCUCGCAUGGCGCCGUCUGGCGUGCGGCGCGACAUCGACGACGGAGGUUCACAUCAGGAGAUCUCGGGCCGCGAAGGGAGUCAGCCUGCAGGGCUGCGAGCUCGUCGUUGGGAGCCGCGGCAGACUUCAUGUGCAUCGAGAGCGCAGCUGGGCAGACACGACUCGGCAGCGGCAGCCAGCGCACCAUUGAUGAUUCUGCUCGAGGGCGGCUUGAGCGCUACGGCAGCUCGUCUGCGACUCAUCAGGGCUUGCUGUGACUCAUCAGGGCAUGGCUCGCUGCCAACACAAGAGGCCACGCUGUUCUGAUUCGCGGAGGCUGUGUCUGUUGCUGGCCUCGCCCCACCCAGCACCCAAGCCACGCCGCGCGAGUCAGCGCGAGUCACUGUCUCGGCGGCGCUGUUCGGCGGAGCCCCACUGCCGGCCGGGGCCGCUCCACCUGCAGAACUGCGAAGAACGACCCUUGCUCUCUCUCUGAGGCCGCGUAAGCGCUUUGCGGCACAGCUGAUGCGAGCGGCGUUGCGAGCGAGGCGAGGCGGGGUGGAGCUGAGGCGCCGCGGGGUAGGGAGGGCGGCUUGCGGCCGGAGCAGCGCUCGGACUUAAGGGGC